AAUCGGCUUCAGGGAAAGGCGCGUUGUUCCACGAGCCGGGCUUCAGCCAAAGGUUGCAGGAGUCCCUUGUCGCAUAUUUGGUGACGUAUAAUGCACGUGUCCCAAAGAUGCUGCGGAUGACUGUGCUGGGAAGGGCAUUGAUCUCUCGGGAAAGAGGCGCUCUAGCCGGGCAGUUAUUUGGCUUGUAUCUGGCUCGUUUUCUUCAUGCUGGCUUUCCGGUACUAGCAGGAAAAGAAGCUCUGGUGAAGCUCAGGAAGAAAACUGGCUACUCAUUUGUGAACUGUAAGAAAGCCUUAGAGAAAUUUGAUGAUGUCAAAGAGGCCGAAGUCUGGCUACAUGAACAAGCCCAAAAGGAAGGAUGGAGCAAAGCUUCCAAACUGCGAGGGCGGAAGACACAAGAAGGGCUUAUUGGGCUGCUGCAGGAAGGAAACUCAGCAGUGAUGGUAGAGGUGAACUGUGAGACUGACUUUGUGGCCAGAAAUGUCAAGUUUCAACAUCUGGUUCAGCAGGUAGCGAUUGGAACGAUGCUACAUUACCGGGGGACCAGAAACCAGUUAAGCACAUAUGCCAAGUGUUUCUUAACAUCUAGUGAGCUUUCUCAGCUCAGGACGGGAUGUGAUGGAUCCUUGCUUAUGGACCAGCUGGCUCUGGCUACUGGCAAGCUGGGGGAGAACAUGGUUCUUAAAAGAGCAGUGUGGGUGUUGGUGCCAGAGAAGUUCUUCAUUGGUUCUUAUGUGCACGGGGCACUCCCAGAAGGAAAUCCAGCGCUUUCUAACAUGUUGUUUGGCAAAUACGGGGCCUUGGUGAUCUGCAGCCCCUCUGAGCAAUCUGAAAAGUCAGACUUUGCUGAACUAGGCUGGAGACUGGGCCAGCAUGUGGUGGGCAUGGCCCCCCUGUCCAUAGGCUCUCUGGAAGAUGAACCUGGCGGAGACUGCGAAACAAAGAUGCUUGCGCAGCCCUUCCUCCUGGAUCCCACUAUUUCCUUGGGACAGUAUGUUCAACCCACAGGUGUAUCUGUGCUGGACUUUGUGCGGUUCGAAUGUGGAGAAGAUACAGAAUUGUCAACCUCAGAGUAGGCAAUAGCUUUUUACUGAUGGGGCAGGGGGAAGUUAACUGUUCCCUAUUCUCACUUGGGCCAUGGCAUCAUUAACAGUCUUGACUGGUAAUGACCUGUGUAGUGUGGGCCACAGAAGUCAAAUACUAAACAUGGAAUCUUGUUGCAAAGCUCUGAAAUGACUCUGUAAUAUAUGACUUGCUAAGGUGUGGUAAACAGAUGUGGAUAUAACAAAUAAAAUUAGCUGAACUCA